UCCUCCUCCUCUCCGCCUGUCUGUUUAGUGGCUAAAGAUGGCUGAAGCUCCUCCAUGGCCCAGCCGGUUCUUCUGUCACAGGUGCUCCGCAGAGAUUAGCCCUCGGCUUCCCGAGUAUACGUGUCCAAGAUGUGAGUCAGGGUUCAUCGAGGAGCUGCUGGAAGAGAGGAGUGCUGACAAUGGCUCCAUGUCUACUAUCUCCAGCGGGCCCCAGAACCAGCAACCAUUUGAGAAUGCAGACCAGCACUUGUUUACAUUCCCGUCGGGCUAUGGUCAGUUCGCCCUGGGUGUCUUCGAUGACAGCUUCGACUUCGGGGCUGGACUGGGAACAGAGGACAACCGGGACGCAGAGAACCGUCGGGAAAGGGAAACGGCAUCACGGCAACGAUAUGGCGCCAGGCAACCGAGAAGUCGUCACGGUUCAAGGCGGCAAGCAGGGCGACAUGAGGGAGUUCCUACUUUAGAGGGAAUCAUUCAGCAGCUAGUGAAUGGAAUAAUUGCACCCACUGCAAUGCCAAAUAUUGGUGUUGGUCCCUGGGGCGUUCUUCACUCAAAUCCUAUGGACUAUGCUUGGGGGGCUAAUGGACUAGAUGCUAUUAUAACACAGUUAUUAAACCAGUUUGAGAACACGGGACCUCCGCCUGCUGAUAGGGAUAAAAUAAAAAGUCUUCCUACAGUACAAAUUACAGAUGAACAUGUUGCUUCGGGACUGGAAUGUCCAGUGUGUAAAGAAGAUUACAGCGUCGGAGAAAACGUGAGGCAGCUCCCAUGCAAUCACAUGUUCCACAAUGAUUGCAUAGUCCCCUGGCUGGAACAGCAUGACACGUGUCCAGUGUGCAGGAAGAGCUUGAGUGGACAGAACACAGCAACGAACCCUCCAGAACUAUCAGGGAUGAACUUUACCUCCUCUUCUUCUUCCUCCUCAUCCUCUUCAUCCUCCUCUACCCCCCAGUCCUCAAGUUCGACCAGCAAUGAGAACUCCACUGAUAACUCUUAGAGAGGACGACUGUCCUUUUCAUCCUACGAGCUGUUUAUAGCUCCUAGGCUGCUGUACUUCAGAGCAGUGACCUCCAUUCUCUCCCUGCAGAAGGGCAGAGACCUGAGUGUAUCCCGCCAGGAGCACUCACGCCUGAUUCAGGGGUAAGUGAUACAUGGGGCUACAUGUAUUUCUGCCCGUCCUGUUGCUCCCACCUUCAUCAGGAAUCUGAACAAAGGAAGGGCGGAGGCCUGGAGUGCAGCUUCUGUCAGGGAGGAUGUGGAGAAGCAUUGAAACUUCUCGAGGCUCGAUCUGCUCGACUCGCUUCAUACAAGAGGAGAAAAUAAUGGAAUCCAAAGGUAGAAGAUCAUGAACAACAGGACAGUUGCUGUUCUUUUUUUUUUUUUUAACCUCUAGACUUGUAUGGUUUAAGAUGACCCACUUUUUCCAAUGGAGCAGAAAAGAAAUGUACAGUUAUUCCUUCUUUUUUUAUAAGUAGCAUUCAUAUCUCACAGAUAAGAUGACGCAAAGUGCACUGUCGUGUACUGGUGAAGUGUGCACUGAAGUUUCUUCGUGAUUUGGAAGAACAUUACAUUUGAUCCCUUUAGCUCUUAAGAUAACGGCAGCGACAAUAAUUCAUAUAAUUAUUUUAUUGUCAAGCUCCACUUGCCGUUUUAAGAUUACCUGACACCAGGUAAAACCGUUGGCACUUGAAAUUAUGCGUAUAAUUGCAGUAAUUUUUGUGUUUGGAUAAUAAUGUCGAUCAUGAAAUUACAUACAUCAGGAUUUAUUUACAUUUUUAUCUGCAAGCCUAAAACCUGGAACCAGUUUUCAUACAAUCCACUCAGAAACAUUUCAGUGCAGUUGUGCUUUUUAACUUAAUUAUAAAUUAAAUAUUUUGCCAGUUGAAAACCUUGAUUUGCAGUAUGAACAUGUACAAAAACAAAUUAACCAGUAUGAAAAUAAAGAUAUUUGGGUGCUAUCACUCAUUUCAUGGAAGUCAUUUCCAGUGUCUGUUUUUAUAACGUUCUUUUAAGGGAUAAUUAAGGAGCAGCAGGGGUCUUAAGAAAUGGACUCAAAAACUACUAGUCAUUGUGGGGGAGCUGUGGCUCAGGUGGUAGAGCAGGUUGUCUACUAAUCACAAGGUUGAUGGUUUGAUCCCCGGCUCCUCUACAUGCCAAAGUGUCCUUGGGCAAGACACUAAACCUAAUAGUCGCUCCAGAUGGCGGGCGAGCGCCUUGCAUGGAAGCAGCUGUUGGCAUGUGAGCGUCUCUGUGAAUGGGUGAAGUGGAGGCAGAAUUAGAUUUACAUUGUAAAGUGCUUUGAGUUACAGUAAAGUGGAAAAGCUCUGUGUGCAUGCAGAGCAUUUAAAUGUUUUACCUGUUCAUUCAGAUAGCAGAUGGGAGUGCAUUAAUACAAAAAAAAAAAAGAAUUUAUAUGAGGUUGUUUCAAUUAAAAAACAAAACUAGUAUGGUGACAUUUUUUUCAAACAACAGGGAAGUUGUGAGCAGGUCUGCUCUGCUUUUCCCGGUUUAAAUUAUUUGUUCCUUUCACGACGCCUCACAGACUCUUAGAACAAACCAGGCAGCAACCUGGGAACAAUAACCCUAUUAGCGAGCACCGUUGGACGUGCUUUCAAUGCAUAAUAAGGUUUUGAGAUCAUUUUGUACUUUCAAAGCGAGGCCCGGGCCACAGGCAUGCAGAUAGUAAACAGAGUGCGUGUUAAAACCGUUACCGGUGUGCUUUCCUGCUUAAUGUUAUCAAUGAACCAAUAAAUUCUGCUUCCUUUUAUUGUUCAGCCAUAUGGGUGUAUUUCCUCCACAUUGUACUGCUUCUCUCCUCAGGGGUUCAUUUUCAAAGGCCUUUAAUCUGAGGGGGGAUUGUUGUUACGGACAGAACAUUGGUCUGGCUAGAAGACGAAUGGAUACGUUUGACUUCACAUUGUGAAUUUGUUGAUUCAUAUACAGUUUUUUUUCUUAACAUUGUGGUUGUGUUUGUGCCUUGUAAUGACAUACAUUGGAGUAUGGUGAGCUCGUUUAAUGUUUGUUUUUUAUAGGAUCAGUGGUACUACAGUUUAAUGUCUACCAGUUAGCACUUUAAGAUUGUGAAAAUGUAGAUGGGCAGCUUCUUCUGGUGUUAGUUUGAAUUUGUAAUGGAUUUAGGUUUUGUGAGGCUGCAAAAAAACAUCUUGUAACAAAUUCAGCGCAUGUAGAAACAACAAAAACUGAUUAAAAAGGUUGGCGGCA